AUCUGUCUCUCAAGGCCUGGUGUAUUCAGCUACAGCAGUUAGCAAGACCAAAGCGGAUGUUGAAGUGGGAGGCAGGCUCUGCAGUGAGACUGAGGGCAGACUCGACAAAUCAGGACUGGCUUUAACUGUUCACACAGAACAGUGAUCACCUCUGGAUUCCAGAAACUCUGGGUCUGAACUGCACUGACCAGCUCCAGACGCACGGGCGCGCGUACCCGAACACACGUGGGCACACACAACUGUAAAAGCAGUCACUUCUGACUGGUUCAAAACUCAGGGGCUUUACUGUAAGUAGAAAGAGGCCGCAGGCCCCGCCCCGCAACGCGCCCCGCCCCCUUGGGGGGGGGUAUGCCCGUUCCCAUGGCGACGCGGCGCCAAGCUUGGGCAGAUGGUACACAGGAGAGGCGGCCGCGGCGGUACCUACAUGAGCCGGGCGGGGGUGGCUGCCGGGGCGACGUCCCUCAGCUCCCCCACCCCGGGCUCCUGGGGCACGUUGCACCUGCGCCCGCGCCCUUCCGCCCGCCAGCAGUCCACUGGCCCGCUGCCCGCACCGCUCGGGCUCAGCGAGGCGCAGAAGCGGGUCCUGGACCUGGAAAAGAGCCUGCAGUUCCUGCAGCAGCAGCACUCAGAGACGCUGGUCAAGCUCCACGAGGAGAUUGAGCACCUGAAGCGGGAGAACAAGGAUCUCCACUACAAGCUAAUCAUGAAUGAGAUGCCACAGAAGAAAGACAGCAUUUCCACAUCGAGCUUUCAAUCCAACAAAUCCGUCUCUAAUUCAACAGCCAACUCUCAAGGCAAGCCCAGGCCCCAGAUCAGCUCCUUCAAGAAGCAAAAGUCGAAGAUUGACACCUUCCAAAAGACAGACCUGGAGGAGCAGCCAUUCAGUGCUGCCAUGUUCUACAGCAGCAAGCUGGACAGAGUCCCUGGGGUGCAGAGGCAGGCCAAAGAUGAGGAUGCAGAGGCCUCUAAUUCAGGGGCCACCUUGGUAGGGGGCAGCCAGCACCAUGGCCAGCAAGGGACAGGGAUGGCCCCCUUCAGUCUGCCCCUGCACCUACGCAAGCCCACCACAGUGCAGCAGUGCGAGGUGGUCAUCCGUCAACUAUGGAACACCAACCUCCUGCAGGCUCAGGAGUUGCAGCACCUCAAGUCACUCCUGACAGGGAACCAGAGGCCCAAAGCUACAGCUGAGGCUGGGCUGGGCUCUCCCAAGGACCAGGAAGUCAUGCAGUUCCCCAAAGUCGCCACCAAGGGCCUCUCUAAGAAGUGCCUAAUUCUGAGCCCAAUGCCAGCAGCAGAGCGUGCCAUCCUCCCUGCACUGAAGCAGAGCCUGAAGAGCAACUUUGCUGAGAGGCAGAAAAGGUUGCAGGUGGCACAGAGCCAGCGCCUGCACCACUCUGUGCUCUUGAGUAGGCGCUCUGGAGCCUGGCCAUCCUCUCUUGAUGGCAGUUCACACCAACCCUACUUUUCAGCCACACGAAAUUCCAAGACAGACAGAGCCCAUGACAGAUAAAGUACUUGAUCUCAGAAUUGAGGAAUUUGUCUAUUUUAUUAUUUUACUAUUCCUGCAUGUAUGCAAAAGCUCAUUAUGAAAUGUUAUUCUCCUACCUGCUGAAAAUAAAAUUUGUUUCUCCAUGUCCUAAGCCUCCUUCUUCACAGGUACCUGGUGUCUCCUCAGCCAUUUGCCCCUAACCCACUCUCCUGCUGUUCUGGAAGGGGACUUGUCUAGUCAGCCAAGGCUGGUUCAUCCCUGGGACUGACAAGCGCCUUAAGUACCAGCAGUCACAAGCAGCAUUCUGGGUCUCCUGGCCAGAUGAAGACAAACUCUCCUGUGCUGCGCCCAGGGAACAAAUGCUGCUAACAAUCCAGCUGAGCUGUUUCAGUGCUCAAAGGACCAUAGCCAAGGGAGAACUGUCUUCUCGAUGCACCUCCCUAUGCCAGGCCAGCAGCUGUUUGUUCCUGGAGGCAGUCAGCUUGUGCCUACUCCCACCCAGCAGCACUGGCCUCACAAUGCCCACUUCCAAAAAUCAUCGUAAUAGGAAUCUGACCAGAAGCCUGGGCAUGAAAUGAACCAGGCUGCUAUGUCAGAGACAGAUGAAGUCUGAGGCAUCCUGGGCCAGACUGGACACUGAUAAGCUCCAAGGCUGACAACAUCCCUGACAGUGGGCCUAGAGUCAUAGAAAGGUAGAUGCAGUGAACCGACAAACACAGGAAUAAUAAAUUUAUUAUAAGAACCACAUGACAGAGUAGUGCAUGUAUAAAAAAGGGGAAACUUCUGGUCACCAGAGGGUGACUCACCACUGCCCAGUAUGGCGAGUGACCCACAGAGGUGUCAUAUGGCAGCAUUCUAAGGAAAAGUCAUACUCUUGGGGGUGGUACAGAGAAUAUGGUGUUCUGAGGAUGCUGGGUCCCAAUAACAGUGCCUGGCUGGUCACUCAUGUCUCAAUAGCAGUGACACAGCACUUCAUCCAAGAGUGGCAGGAAUGCCAGGGAUAGGCCCCCUCAAAUGGCUCUACUCCUCACAGCACUGACGAGGAGGUCCAUGAGAUCAAGGUCCAGCAGGUGGGAGAAGACUUGCUACUGCCUUACUUGCUUUUUCUCCAAACUGGAGGCAAACUGGAGCAUUUGCCCUGGAUGUGAGAGCAUUCCUAUGAAGUCCCACAUGCCUCAGGUGGCACAGCCCAAACCCCACACUGUGACUAGAGAACUGUGUAGAUAGUGAGGGUUUCCUAUGUCCUCCGCAUUCUCCAGACAUGAGUACAAUGUGUUCUAACACAGAGAUGCUUAGAUGGGACCCUGAGUUCUCAUGCUGCCAAGUGGACAUGGAGUCCAGAGAGGCUGCAGGGAGCAUGGCCUGAGGGGUGUAGGGCCUGACUUCUGGAGGAAGUCAAUGAAGAAACUUCUUGGGAACACCCCCAGGCCCUCACACAGCCACCUGGCCAAUACUGCACAAAUGUGAGGAAAUGACUGGCAGGUCCCCAA